AUAAAUAUACCUUUAACUUUCACUUUCUUUCUCUUCACUGUAGACGGGGACUGUGAGGACGACCUUGGCGCAGUGUACUACAUAGACUUGUUUUUUAUUUAGUUACGUGACUGACAGCUAACUCCUGACGGUUGAAUUUGGUUAAUUAUCGAAGUCAAUCAUCUAUCGUGUGAUCCGAUCAGUUUAAAGGUCUCUCUCGUUCUUUCGGUUUAGUUCGUCGACAACAGCAGGUGAAGUCAUGUCGCUUUUACUGAAGAAAAUACAGCACAUCGACGAAAGAGCAGCUGAUGUGUUGAAACUGGCAGGUUUGUACACCGACUCAGACAUCGAGGUGCUGACUCCAGAAGAACUUCUUCAGCUGUUUCCUGCAGUUAUGGAUUUAAAACUGAGAAGGACCAUCUUUCAUGUAAUCCACAAACCGCGGGAGGUUGAACUGGUCCUAAACAAACUGAAGGGGUUCAUCCCAAUUGAAUCUUUCAGGGCUGCUCUGACUGACAAUGGGGUCUUGGUUGAUUACCUCCGAAUCCUGAAGGACAUGAAGACCCAAAUGGAUAACGUUCAGGGUUUCCUUGACGCUCACAUCAGCCUUAUGGAAGAAUUCAGCAAAAAGUCUUCGUCAGUCACCGAUUGUUCAGUGGAGCCCCACAGUGGCAAAAGUGAUGACCGAGCACCAGAGUCUUCGUCAGGUCCAAGUCCUUCAGUCACCAGUGGUCCAGUGAAGACCCCCAGUCACAAAAAUGAUGGUCGUGCACGAGGAGCAACAGCCAUGCUGUACAAGAUGGUCGUCGGCGGUAAAACCUUCGAUACCCACCUGAAGCUGAUGGAGACAGUGACGAAACGACUUCAGAAUCAGCUCCGGCAUUGUGAAGGCAAUCGGGAUAACCAGAUCACUUUUGUCUUCUGUCCGAUCAGUUCACGCAUUGCGUCAGAUGUUGAGGCAGCCAUGAGUAAUGUUACAGAUGAUAAACCUGUCAUUCUGGUGUUGAUGCACCACACACACGAGGUCAGGCCCACAUCUAUGAGAACGUGGCGUGAUGACGCUAGAGUUGUGUUGCAUGUCAACGUCUUCUACCAUGAGACGGUUGGAUUACUGAAGUGUGAACGAAAUGAUGCCGCCGUCACUGAGAUACAAACCAAAUUAAUGGAGUGCUUCAUCCAGGGUGUGGGUACUGACGUUAAUGUACCCAGUGGAAACUGGUGGAGAAAUGAUAAAUGUUUCUUCAAUUAAUUCAAAAAUAAAGAUUAAAUAAAAACAUGUUUGCUUCAAAGCAUGAAUGUGCAAUUUUGCUGUCCCUUUUAUUAUACAAUUGUGUUGUAGAAAGUGUAUGUAAGGUGCGAUGACUAAUAUACCGUAUACUCUCAAUAAAAUGCAAUUAUGUGUGUAAUCA